AUGAAUUGGUUAAAGGAACACGGUGAAGACCCUCUUUACAGACAGAACAAUCCAGACCAGGAUGAACAACGUAACGCCAUACAAAGCUGUGCUGGAGGUGGGCCUACCCCACUGAGCUGCCCACUCUUCUUAGACUUUAUCAACGACCUGGUUGGGAUUGAGACACUGGCUCGGCUGGCGAUAAAAAUAUCCACCCGAAGCAGUAACGGCAAAGAUUCUCGUAGUGGGGAAAUCUUUGGUAACGGCAAAGAUUCUCGUAAUGAGGAAAUCUUUGGUAACGGCAAAGAUUCUCGUAAUGGGGAAAUCUUUGGUAACGGCAAAGAGUCUCGUAAUGGGGAAAUCUUUGGUAACGGCAAAGAUUCUCGUAAUGGGGAAAUCUUUGGCAACGGCAAAGAUUCUCGUUUUGGUAGAUUCUCUACUGCUCGAUCUUUGGUAACUGGACGAUAG